AUGGCAGUUACCAUGAUCAAAUCUCUCAGCUUCUUUGCCAUUAUUUUGAUGGUAAAUUCCCUUUUAUUCAUUGAUACUACUGAAGCUCGUCCUUUCAACAUCAUGAAGUCAAGAAACUCUGCUGCUAGCAGAGCUAUUGAGAGUUUCUUUGAUGGGUUAUCACUUGGAGAAAUCAAGCAAUCAGGCCAAAGUCCUGGCGUUGGACAUGGGUUUACCAACAGUGAGACACUUGGAGGAAAGAAGGCUGGUCCUAGCCCUUGCUGUGGAAACAAGUAUACUACCGGCACCCAUCAUUGA